GUCAGAGCUGCUUCAGAAGGAUCUCCAGCGCUGCAGGUGAGUGAGUGACUGUGGAUAUUUUCUCAUCACGGAAGACAGGCGUCAGCUGCAGGCUCCACUUCCAUCACCAAGUGUGGACUUGACGGAACCACACUUACAGUGCUGCUUCGUGAUGAUGAGGAGGAUGAAGAGGAGGAGGAGGAGGAAGGUGGACAGGCCCACUGAAGAAGAUGCUGGUCUCCUGGUGUGGUCCAGAACAGAGCUGGGGCGGCAGGCGGGCCCAGCAGAACCACUCUGAUCGGACCCGCUCCAGAGUGCCCUCCGAAGCUCAGUGGACCUCCUGCUGCGCAGCAGCUGCUGAAACAUUCAUGUGCCAGUCACAGAGAGAGAGGGUCUCACAGAGACUCACAGAGAGUCCCGCCUACUCUGCUCUGAUUGGUCCUGGGAGCCUGACCGAAGAGACUCGCCCAGAGUCCCAGCAGGAGCCGGGGUCUUGCCUGACCGAGCCGCACCUUCCGUCCUCCUCCGUCUCUCGUGCCUGAACCACAGCGCCUCCGCUGGUGGCUGUGUGCCGCGACAUGGACACGGCAGGAGUCCGACUCUCUGAUGCAGUUGCUCUGUUUCUCUCUGCCAGAGUCUCAUCUGAGGUCCAGAGCUGGGAGCCAUGGUCAUUCUGCAGCAGGGCGACUUCGUCUGGUUGGACCCCAACAGCGGCCGAGAGUUCGAGGUCCCGAUCGGCGCCGUGGUGAAGCUCUGCGACUCGGGCCAGAUCCAGGUCCUGGACGACGAGGGAAACGAGCACUGGAUCUCGCCCCAGAAGGCCACCAACAUCAAGCCCAUGCACCCCACUUCCAUCCACGGCGUGGAGGACAUGAUCCGGCUGGGCGACCUCAACGAGGCCGGGAUCCUGCGCAACCUGCUGAUCCGCUACCGCGAGAGGCUGAUCUAUACCCACUGUGGCGGCCGGACCUACACCGGCUCCAUCCUGGUGGCCAUCAACCCGUACCAGCUGCUGCCCAUCUACACGGCCGAGCAGAUCCGCCUCUACACCAACAAGAAGAUCGGAGAGCUGCCGCCGCACAUCUUCGCCAUCGCCGACAACUGCUACUUCAACAUGCAGCGCAACAACAAGGACCAGUGCUGCAUCAUCAGCGGGGAGUCUGGAGCAGGAAAGACGGAGAGCACCAAACUGAUCCUUCAGUUUCUGGCAGCCAUCAGUGGUCAGCACUCGUGGAUCGAGCAGCAGGUUCUGGAAGCCAAUCCCAUCCUGGAAGCGUUCGGAAACGCCAAGACCGUCCGCAACGACAACUCGUCCCGCUUCGGCAAGUACAUCGACAUCCACUUCAACAAGAGAGGGGCCAUCGAGGGCGCCAAGAUCGAGCAGUACCUGCUGGAGAAGUCCCGCGUCUGCAGGCAGGCCCGCGACGAGAGGAACUACCACAUCUUCUACUGCAUGCUGGAGGGCAUGACGGGCGAGGAGAAGCAGAGGCUGGGCCUGAGCCGAGCGCGCGACUACACCUACCUGACCUUCGGCGACUGCACGCUGUGUGACGGCCGCGACGACAUGAAGGAGUACUCCAACAUCCGCUCUGCCAUGAAGGUCCUGAUGUUCACGGACAGAGAGAACUGGGAGAUCUCCAAACUGCUGGCCUCCAUCUUACACCUGGGGAACCUGCAGUAUGAAGCCCGAACAUACGACAACCUGGACGCAUGUGAGGUCACCAGGAGUCCUCAUCUGAACACUGCAGCCUCCCUGCUGGAGGUGGACGGGAAGGACGUGACCAACUGCCUGACCAGCAGGACGCUGAUCACCAGAGGGGAGACCGUGUCCACGCCUCUGAGCCGAGAGCAGGCGCUGGACGUCCGAGACGCCUUCGUCAAGGGCAUCUACGGGCGGCUCUUUGUGUGGAUCGUGGAGAAGAUCAACGCCGCCAUCUACAAGCCUCCGUCCUCCCAAGCCAAAGCCGUGCGGCGCUCCAUCGGGCUGCUGGACAUCUUCGGUUUUGAGAACUUCACCAUCAACAGCUUCGAGCAGCUCUGCAUCAACUUUGCCAACGAGAACCUGCAGCAGUUCUUCGUGCGCCACGUCUUCAAGCUGGAGCAGGAGGAGUACAACCUGGAGGACAUCAGCUGGCAGCACAUCGAGUUCACCGACAACCAGGAGGCGCUGGACAUGAUCGCCCUCAAGCCCAUGAACAUCAUCUCCCUCAUCGACGAGGAGAGCAGGUUCCCCAAGGGCACGGACACCACCAUGUUGAACAAGCUCAACUUCCAGCACAAAGUCAACAGCAACUACAUUCCUCCCAAAAACAACUACGAGACUCAGUUUGGGAUCCAGCACUUCGCCGGCGUCGUCUACUACGAGAGCAGAGGCUUCCUGGAGAAGAACCGAGACACUCUGUACGGAGACAUCAUCCAGCUGGUGCACUCCUCCAAGAACAAGUUCAUCAAGCAGAUCUUCCAGGCCGACGUCGCCAUGGGGGCGGAGACCAGGAAACGCUCUCCAACACUCAGCAGUCAGUUCAAAAGGUCCCUGGAGCUGCUGAUGAAGACCCUGAGUGUGAGUCAGCCUUUCUUCGUCCGCUGCAUCAAACCCAACGAGUUCAAGAAGCCCAUGCUCUUCGACCGGGAGCUGUGUGUGCGGCAGCUGCGCUACUCGGGCAUGAUGGAGACCAUCCGCAUCCGCCGGGCCGGGUACCCCAUCCGCUACACCUUCGUGGAGUUCGUGGAUCGCUACAGGGUCCUGAUGCCGGGCGUCAAACCCGCCUACAAGCAGGAGGACCUGAGGGGAACCUGCCAGAGGAUCGCGGAGGUGGUGCUGGGCCGGGACGACGACUGGCAGAUGGGGAAGACCAAGAUCUUCCUCAAGGAUCACCACGACAUGCUGCUGGAGAUCGAGCGAGACAAGGCCAUCACAGACAAGGUCAUCCUCAUCCAGAAGGUGGUGCGAGGCUUCAAGGACAGAUCCCACUUCCUGAAGAUGAGGAAGUCAGCUGUGGUGAUCCAGAAGACCUGGAGAGGAUUCCACUGCCGCAAGAACUACGGAGCUAUGCGGGCCGGCUUCUCUCGUCUCCAGGCUCUGGUCCGCUCCAGGAAGCUGUGCGCCUCUUACCACGCGGCCCGUCUGAGGAUCACCGGCCUGCAGAGCCGCUGCCGAGGCUUCCUGGUGCGCCGGGCCUUCCGGCACCGGCUGUGGGCCGUGGUCACCGUGCAGGCGUACACGCGAGGGAUGAUCGCUCGCCGCCUGCACCGCAGGCUGCAGCAGGAGUACCGCCGGCGCCUGGAGGCCGAGAAGCUGCGGUUGGCGGAGGAAGCCAAGCUGAGGAACCAGAUGUCGGCCAAGAAGGCCAAGGCCGAGGCCGAGCGCAAGCACCAGGAGCGCCUGGCCCAGCUAGCCAGGGAGGACGCCCAGCGGGAGAAGAAGGAGAAGGAGGAGGCGCGGCGGAAGAAGGAGCUGCUGGAGCAGAUGGAGAAGGCUCGGCAGGAGCCCGUCAACCACUCGGACAUGGUGGACAAGAUGUUCGGCUUCCUGGGCAGCAGCGGCUCCCUGCCGGGUCAGGACGGGCAGGCGCCCGCCGGCUUCGAGGACCUGGAGCGGGGCCACAGGCAGCUGCAGGAGGAGGACCUGGACCAGGCUCUCCCUCUGCCCGAGGACCAGGAUGACGAGGAGGAGGAGGAUCUGUCCGAGUACAAGUUCGCCAAGUUCGCCGCCACCUACUUCCAGGGCACCAGCAGCCACAGCUACGUGCGGAGGCCCCUCAAGCAGCCGCUGCUGUUCCACGAGGACGAGGGAGACCAGCUGGCUGCUCUGGCGGUGUGGAUCACGGUGCUGAGGUUCAUGGGCGACCUGCCCGAGCCCAAGUACCACACGGCCCUCAGCGACGGCAGCGAGAAGAUCCCGGUCAUGACCAAGAUCUACGAGACGCUGGGGAAGAAGACGUACAAGAGAGAGCUGCAGGCGCUGCAGGGCGAGGGGGAGGCUCCGCCCUCAGAGGGCCACAGGAAGAACAGCGUCCGUCACAAGCUGGUGUCUCUCACGCUGAAGAAGAAGUCCAAGAUCACAGAGGAGGUCACCAAGCGGCUCAACGACGGCGAGCACCGUCUCCACGGCAACAGCAUGCUGGAGGACCGGCCCACGUCCAACCUGGAGAAGCUGCACUUCAUCAUUGGCAACGGAAUCCUGCGACCGGGCCUCCGCGAUGAGGUCUACUGCCAGAUCUGUAAGCAGCUCACUCAGAACCCGUCCAAAAGUUCUCAUGCGCGAGGCUGGAUCCUGCUGUCGCUGUGCGUCGGGUGCUUCGGCCCGUCGGACAAGUUUGUGAAGUAUCUGAGGAACUUCAUCCACACGGGGCCUCCGGGUUACGCUCCGUACUGCGAGGAGCGACUGAGGAGGACCUUCGUGAACGGCACCAGGACCCAGCCGCCCUCCUGGCUGGAGCUGCAGGCCACCAAGUCCAAGAAGCCGGUGAUGCUGCCGGUCACCUUCAUGGACGGCACCACCAAAACCCUGCUGAGCGACUCGGCCACCACGGCGCGGGAGCUGUGCCACGCUCUCGCCGACAAGAUCAACCUGCGGGACAGAUUUGGCUUUUCACUCUACAUCGCUCUGUUUGACAAGGUCACACACGUGCACUCCGCCGGCCCGGGUCAGCCCGCCUCACGGCUCCGCCCUCCCACCGCAGGUGUCGUCUCUGGGCAGCGGCAGCGACCACGUGAUGGACGCCGUGUCUCAGUGCGAGCAGUACGCCAAAGAGCAGGGCGCCCAGGAGCGCAACGCCCCCUGGAGGCUGUUCUUCAGGAAGGAGCUCUUCACGCCGUGGCACUGCCCGGCCGACGACCCCGUGGCCACCGGCCUCAUCUACCAGCAGGUGGUGCGGGGGGUCAAGUUCGGCGAGUACCGCUGCGACCGGGACGACCUGGCCGAGCUGGCCUCGCAGCAGUACUACGUGGACUACGGUGCCGAGAUCCUGCCGGAGCGGCUGCUCAGCCUGGUGCCCUCCUACGUGCCCGACCGCGAGAUCAGCUCCUCCAGGAGCGUGGAGAAGUGGGCGCACGUCAUCAUGGCGGCUCACAAGAAGGUCCUUCAUCCACCCGUCCAUCAUCCAUCUGUCCGCCCCUCCGCCCCUCCAUCCAUCGUGCCUGUGUGUGUGUGCGUGCGUGUGUUCAGGGAAUCUACGCCCAGAAGAGGUUCGACCCUCAGAAGGUCAAGGAAGAGGUCGUGGACUUUGCUCGUCACAAGUGGCCGCUGUUGUUCUCACGAUUCUACGAGGCCUUCAAGUUCUCGGGUCCCAGUCUCCCCAAGAACGACCUGAUCGUGGCGGUCAACUGGACGGGGGUUUACUUCGUGGACGAGCAGGAGCAGGUCCUGCUGGAGCUGUCCUUCCCGGAGAUCACGGCCGUGUCCAGCAGCAGGGGCGGCAAGCUUCAGAGUCAGAGCUUCACCUUGGCCACCAUCAAAGGAGACGAGUUCACCUUCACCUCCAACAAUGCCGAGGACGUCCGCGACCUCGUGGUGACCUUCCUGGAGGGUCUGAGGCAGAGGUCCAAGUUCGUGGUGGCGCUGCAGGACAACCCCAGUCCAGGUGAGUGGCGUGGCCAGGCUCCAGAGACAGAGCUGAACUCUGAAGCUCCUUCAGCCGCGGAGGAGUCCACCUUCCUGAGCUUCCUGAGGGGAGACCUGAUCCUGCUGGACCAGGACUCGGGGGAGCAGGUGCUGAGCUCCGGGUGGGCGCACGGCGUCAACGCGCGGACCAAUCAGAGAGGAGACUUCCCCGCCGACUGUGUCUACGUGCUGCCGAGCGUGACGCGUCCUCCUCCCGAGACCGUGACCCUGGUGACCCUGACGCCGGAGCAGCGGCAGGAGACGGCCAGAGUCUGGCGGCCGGCGGCGCCCGAGGGCGAGGCCUCGCUGCAGCCCUACACGCUGGAGGAGUUCUCCUACGACCACUUCAGGCCGCCCCCCAAACACACGCUGAGCCGGGUCAUGGUCACCAAGAGCCGCGGGAAGGACAAACUGUGGAGCUGCAGCCGGGAGCCGCUGAAGCUGCCGCUGCUGAAGAAGGUGCUGCAGCAGGAGGAGCUGAGCCAGGAGGCCUGCCUGGCCUUCAUGGCGCUCAUGAAGUACAUGGGCGACUACCCGUCCAAGAGGACGCGCUCGGUCAACGAUCUGACCGACCAGAUCUUCGAGGCGCCGCUGAAGCACGAGCCUCUGAAGGACGAGAUCUACUGCCAGAUCAUCAAGCAGCUGACCGACAACCACGUCAAGUACAGCGAGGAGAAGGGCUGGGAGCUGCUGUGGCUCUGCUGCGGCCUCUUCCCGCCCAGCAACCUGCUGCUGCCCCACCUGCAGCGCUUCCUGCAGGCCCACAGGCUCCACCCCCUGUCAGCCGACUGCCUGCGGCGGCUGCACAAGGCGCUGCGCAACGGCUCCAGGAAGUACCCGCCCCACCUGGUGGAGGUGGAGGCCAUCCAGCACAAGACCACGCAGAUCUUCCACAAGGUCUACUUUCCAGACGACACGGACGAGGCGUUCGAGGUGGAGUCCAGCACCAAAGCCAAGGACUUCUGUCUGAACAUCUCCACUCGCCUGCUGCUCAAGUCCCCUGAAGGCUUCAGUCUCUUCGUGAAGAUCUCAGACAAGGUCAUCAGCGUCCCAGAAGGAGACUUCUUCUUCGACUUUGUGCGGCACCUGAGCGACUGGAUCAAGAAGUCUCGACCGGCCAAAGAAGGGCUGCUCCCGUCUCUCACCUACCAGGUCUUCUUCAUGAAGAAACUGUGGACCAACACGGUUCCAGGGAAGGACUCCUUCGCGGACUCCAUCUUCCACUUCUACCAGGAGCUGCCCAAGUACCUGAGGGGCUACCACCGCUGCUCCAGAGAGGAGGUCCUCCAGCUGGCCGCGCUCAUCUACCGCGUCAAGUUUGAGGAGGACAAGUCCCACUUCCCCUCCAUCCCCAAGAUCCUGCGCGAGCUGGUCCCUCAGGACCUGCUCCGCCAGAUGUCCCCCGACGACUGGAAGCGGUCAGUGGUGGCCUACUUCAACAAGCAGGCGGGAAAGUCGCGAGAGGAAGCCAAGCUCAUGUUCCUGAAGAUCAUCUACAAAUGGCCCACGUUUGGCUCCGCCUUCUUCGAGGUCAAGCAAACAACGGAGCCCAACUACCCCGAGAUCCUGCUGAUCGCCAUCAACAAGCACGGAGUCAGUCUCAUCCACCCCAAGACCAAGGAGAUCCUCACCACUCACCCCUUCACCAAGAUCUCCAACUGGAGCAGUGGAAACACCUACUUCCACGUCACCAUCGGGAACCUGGUCCGAGGAAGCAAACUGCUCUGCGAGACGUCGCUGGGCUACAAGAUGGACGACCUCCUGACCUCCUACAUCAGCCAGAUGCUGACCAGCAUGAACCGGCAGCGCUCGGCGUCUCGCUCCGGAGACAAGUGAACGUCCCGCUGGCAGGAGGCGGCCGAGCUGCUCCGCCUCCUGCGCCCCAUCGGCCAGCACUGCAGCUGGGGGCGGAGCUUCAACCAGCAGCUGUGGCGCAUGAGUCGCAGCGCCUCAGGCAGCUCGGAGGGGUCAGAGGUCAGCAGCGCCGGCGAGGGCCCGAGCGGCUGCCGCCUUCAUGACGACGACCCGUCCAGUGAGGAUGACUACCUCUGACCUCCGACCUCUCACCUACUAGCCCGCGUCAGAGGUCAUGGGCCGAAGGGCUAAAAUGGCGUGAGUGCCUUUGUUCUGUGAGCCGCUCCAAUAAAACUCUC